GCCUUCCCUUUUGAAAAGGGAAGAUUCAUACAAGGCUCGUUCCAGUUGCUGCUAAGUGCUAAGUUGCUAAAUAAUUUGUAGACAGACUAUUCAAAAUAUUUUCCUCAUUGCGUGGAGCGUAAUCAUCCGCUAAUUGCUUUGCACUCUUUGACAUUAUUUAAUCAAUUUUGAAACCGAAGGCUCUGUUGGUCUGCAAAAAUGGCCGGAGAGAAUAGCAAGAACGACGUCGCAGUGUAUCCUCCCAAAACAAGACGGUUGUGGCCUUCUCUUCUCCGUUGGAUUCCGACUUCAACGGAACACAUCAUCGCUGCCGAGAAGCGACUCCUUUCUCUCGUCAAGACUCCCUUUGUUCAAGAACAUGUUAAUAUUGGCUCUGGUCCUCCUGGCUCUAAAGUUAGAUGGUUCCGUUCAUCAAGCGACGAGCCACGGUUUCUUAACACUAUUACGUUUGAUAGUAAAGAUGACUCCCCUACGCUUGUAAUGGUCCAUGGAUAUGCAGCUUCCCAGGGUUUCUUUUUUCGCAAUUUCGAUGCUCUUGCAAAUCAUUUCAGAGUCAUUGCUGUUGAUCAACUUGGCUGGGGUGGAUCAAGCAGACCUGAUUUUACAUGUAGGAGCACUGAAGAAACUGAGACAUGGUUCAUAGAUUCUUUUGAAGAAUGGAGGAAAGCCAAAAAUCUGAGCAAUUUUAUACUGCUUGGACAUUCUUUUGGUGGUUAUGUUGCUGCCAAAUAUGCACUCAAGCACCCUGAGCAUGUAAAGCAAUUGAUUCUGGUGGGACCCGCUGGAUUUACAUCAGAAUCAGAUCCAAAGGCUGAGUUCAUUAUGAAGUUUCGAGCAACGUGGAAAGGAGCAGUUAUGAACCAUCUAUGGGAAUCUAAUUUUACGCCUCUAAAAAUUGUCAGAGGUUUAGGUCCUUGGGGUCCUAAUAUGGUCCGUCGAUAUACAGAUAUGAGGUUUGGUACGCGCGCACAAGGGGAAAUACUGACUGAAGAGGAAUCAAGAUUGCUCACAGAUUAUAUGUACCAUGUAUCAGCGGCCAAAGCUAGUGGGGAGCUGUGCUUAAAGUACAUUUUUAAAUUUGGUGCAUUUCCUAGGAUCCCCCUCUUUCACAGUGCCUCAGAGUGGAAAGUACCCACCACAUUCAUAUAUGGUUUUGACGACUGGAUGAAUUAUGAAGGGGCCCAAGAAGCUCGCAAGGAUAUGAAGGUUCCAUGUGAAAUCAUUAGGGUCCCCCAGGGAGGGCACUUUGUGUUCAUUGACAACCCAAGUGGUUUCCAUUCUGCUGUGCUUUAUGCUUGUCGAAAAUUUCUUAGACCUAAUACAGACAAUGAAUCUCUUCCUGAAGGGCUAACCUCUGCAUAGAGUACAAUUUUGUGCCAAUCGUGUCUAUAUUAUUUAUUUCGUUGUAUUCACAGGACCAAUGCAUGUGGUGGAUGUGGUAAAUUUGUUCUGUCAAAGCAAAAUUAGGAUAAACUUUGUUAUUCUUUAUAGAUGAUUAUUAUUUAAACAAUUCAACCACGCGAACAGAGGUGUUGAGAGA